AUGCGCACCCCUUCAAUCCCCCCUCGCUCUCCUUCGGCAGCCACAUUGCGGCUCAAAACCUCCAUCCGUGACUUCCCUACCCCCAUCCUCUUUAACAUUUCUCCACGCACUAACAUGCGCCAUUCCCUUCUCUCUUCUGUCUCCAUGGCCCCCUUCCCUUCCCCCUCUUUCUCCUCUUCACAGCUUUCUCUCUCUAAACCCAAGAGAAGCUCCAGCUGGAAUUCCAAUUCUGCCCCUCCCUGCUCCUCCUCCUCCUCCUCCCUCCUCGACAUUCUCAUCCUCAUUCUGGUCCUCUUCUCCGGCGGCUACCUCGUCUUAUCCUACUUCUCUUACAUUCGCCACUCCCUCUUUCUCCUCCUCGGCGACUCUCCGGUGGUCUACUUUAUUGGGUUCUUGCUCCUUUUCCUUAUCUAUGUAUUUUUCUUCGACAUCUGCAGGGGGAAAAAGUGCGAAAACCCGCAUUGCAGGGGGCUAAAGAAGGCGUUCCAGUUCGAUCUGAAGGUGCAGACGGAGGAGUGCCUGAGAUCCUACUCGCCAGAGGUGAGAGAGAUCGACGAGCUGCCGUGGAAGGGUGGCGAGGGGAACCCAGAUUACGAGUGCUUGAGGGUGGAGCUGAGGAAGGUGGCACCGCCAAAUGGGAGGGCUGCUCUGCUUUUCCUGGCCAAGUGCGGCUGCCCCGUCGCCAAGCUGGAGGGGUGGGGGGUCAAGCGUGGUCGUCGGAACAAGAAGUGA